AUGGAGGCAAGAAAGGCUGCAGGUCCAGACAGCAUCAACCCCGGGCUCCUGAGGCAUUGUGCUGACCAGCUGUGUGGAAUCGUGCGGAACAUUUUCAACUUGAGCCUGGAACAGGAAAGAGUGCCAGUCCUUUGGAAGACAUCGUGUGUAGUUCCGAGGCCGAAAACUGCACACCCCACAGAUUUAAACGGAUAUAGACCAGUGGCGCUGACCUCUCACCUGAUGAAGGCUCUGGAAAGACUUGUUCUGGCAUAUCUCCGCCCUCUGGUGGGGCCAGCUAUGGAUCCCGUGCAGUAUGCCUACCAGCCAGGCAUCGGGGUGGAAGAUGCAGUCAUCUACCUGCUUCACAGAUCUUUCUCUCAUCUUGAAAAGGCAGGAAGCACUGUACGAUUUUUUUGUAAACUGUGGUGGUAUGAUUACAGGGUCCGUGGACAGUACCACCAGACAUUUAACAAGGAUGUGAUUUUACUCACAAAUUCCACAUGGACCAAAGUCUGCACACACCAGACUAAAGAGCAACUGUAUCAGGCUGGGAAUAUCCUCAGCGCUUUUGAAUUUGACAAGUCAUGGACCUACCACACCAUAAUCAGCCAAAUCAGGGAUGGGUUUGGAGAUAAAAUUCCCCCUGACAUAAGCCUUUCAUGUCUAAUGGGUUGUGGUAAAAAAAAACUUGUCUCUCCUGUACUCCGUGAUGGCCAAGAGCUGAAUGGAUCGCUGUUGCACAAGAUUUUUCAUUUGAAAGCACUCUACGUGAGACCCUCCAAACCCCUUGCAAAUGACUGUUUGGCCCACUCUGAUAGCGAAGGUGAAAGGGCAGACCACUGCACAGGUGCCAUAGUGAGCCAAGGAAUAACCGUGGCAUUGAAUGAUGAGUCCAGUGACAGUUGUGUAGAGGUCCAAACACCAAGCUCAAAGCCACCAAAGAGGCGUGGAAGGCAGGAAUCACCUCCAAGGUUAUUAGAUGAUGGACCAUCAACCUCCAGCAGCAACUAUACACCAAGUGGAAGCCAUCCACAGGCAGCGAGUACAUCUGCAGGCAGCGAGUACUCGGCGUACGUUUCCAUAAUGUCCUCACUGCCAGAUAUGUCUUCCUCUGAUGAGGAGCUCAAUUGUGCAAUCCUGGCCAGUAUCGACAAUCAGAUGAAUACAAUGCCCUGUGACAAGCCAGCCUCUGAGAUACUGUUACAACUUGCCAGCAAAAUAACACCAAACAAGACCUGCAAGUUUAAUAUCAAUCGCCAGUCUGUCUUAGAUGGUGCCAUCAGGGGAUUUAAAAGGGUUUCUUACGACCCUACUGCAACUAUAAGUCUGUCAGGUUCUCGGAUGACCUGGGAACCUAUGAGGAGGCUAUUGACUUGGGUGGGCCACGGAGGGAAUUCUUGACCUUGCUCAUGGAAGCUCUGCUGAGAUCCCCUAUGUUUGAAGGAGUUGAGGAAAAAAACCAAAAUCUCACGCUUGAUAGCAAAGAUGACAGUCAGCAGCAACUGCAGCACAGUGCGACAGGAGCUGGAGGAC